AUGUCGACACAGAAGGUGAAGAAGACCAAGAGGAGCUCGCGCGGCGGCAAGUCCUCGUCGACCUACCUGAGCGCCGAGGGUCUGCACAACCUCAAGUACUACCGCUACUCGGGCACCGACAAGUCCCUCCUCGCCAACCUCUUCCUCAAGCGCCACUGGGACUGGUGCACCGUCACCUUCUUCCCCAUCUGGAUGGCGCCCAACCUGAUUACGCUGUGCGGGCUGAUCUGCAUCGUGGCCAACAUGAUCUCGCUGCUCUACUACUGCCCCAACACCGUAGGCUGCGUGGCGCCCUCCUGGGUCUACGCCCUCGCCGCCCUCGGCGUCUACGCCUACCAAAUCUUCGACAACAUCGACGGCCGACAGGCUCGACGGACCGGCACGUCGUCCCCGCUCGGCGAGCUCUUCGACCACGGCUGCGACUCGCUCUUCGUGCCCUUCGCCGGCGUGUUGAUGUUCAACGCCAUGCACCUGGGCCCGUGGACCGCGUGGGCCGGCUUCUGGGCCACGGCCAUGCCUUUCUUCAUGGCCCACUGGGAAGAGUAUCACACGGGAGAGCUGAUUUUGGGCGUGCUGGCCAACCCGACCGAGGGCCAGUUCGUGAUGUGCGCGCUCCUCCUCACCGCCGCCAUCAAGGGACCGGCGAUGUGGAGCACGUCGUGGAAGACGGCGCUGGGCGUGGAGAGCCUGGCGGCCGACCUCCCCGACCUCUCCGUCACCAACGCCAUUUUGGGCCUCCUCUUCAUCGGUGGCUUCACCAUGGCCUUCGUCAACACGGUGGUAGUACUGCGUAACGUGAAGAAGCACAAGUCCAACCUCCUGCGUUCGCUGCUGCUCCUCUUCCCGCUCGCCGCUUCGGGCCUGUCCUCCACCGCCUGGUUCCACCUCUCCAAGAUCAACCUGCUGCAGAACUACACGACGGCCGCCAUCUUCUUCGCUGGCCUCCAGUUCUCCUACAUUCUCAACCGCAUGCUGAUCGCGCGCAUCACCCGCACGGAGUACAACGUGUGGAACCCCGUCCCGCUUCUCCCCAUCGUCGGUCCUCUCUUCUGCACCUUCCUCUCCAACAACGGGCUGGUGAGCGAGCUGCAGCUGUUCUACGGGGUGCUGGGCGUGACGGCGCUGAUCUAUGUCCACUUCGUGUGCGACGUGGUGGGCCACCUGGCCGACCACCUGGGCAUCAGCUGCUUCACCAUCCCCUACCCCAAGCGCAAGUCCGUCAUCGCCGCCGUCGCCGCCGCCAAGAAGGCCGACUAG